AGGUCAAGUCACGUCAACGCAGGGGCAGGCAGAACAGAGGGAGACGCGAGCCGGGAUGCUCGUCGAGGCCGCCAAGCGCGCCGCUGUGUCGGGAGCAAGAGGGAGUGGGGUCGGACGUGCGAGCGCAAGUGGGGGUGAGCGCGGGCUGACGUGGACCGUCGAAGUCGUCGCUCGGACGCUGGGGACGACGGCAGCGGCAGCGAAAGAGGCGCGCAAGACGGACAGGGUCGAGCGUGCGAUUCGGCGCAAGCAGCAGGAAAAAACAAAGGAGAGGUGGGCAGCAGCAGCAGCUGCGUCCGAGGGUGUGGCAGCAGGGGCAGCAGGGACAGCAGGGACAGCAGGAGCAGGAGCAGCGGGGAAAGAGAGGCGUGCGCCAGGCCCAGUCGGGCGCGCAUGGUCCUCGCCCUCGUCGUCGGAGAGCUUCUUUUCCGACGCUGUGCGGCGCGUCGAGUGGGGCGAGAGGGCACAGCAGCGCAGGCAGGCGGGAGAGCGACCUCACGCAGACCGAGGCGGCAGGGACGAGUCUCGAUCAACGCACGGGGGAAACAGGCGAGGCAGAAGAGGAGAAGAGGAGGAGGUGGACAAGGGCCACGCUGGCGAGGACUCAGAGAUGCGCAAGUGGGACAGGGACAGGCGGGGAAAGGGGGCCCAGAACACCUUCCAAAAGUCGCCACCGCUGCCGCCAAUGAAGCUGCGGCAGCUGCGAUUCAGCAAGACAAAGCGCCUGCAGUCCUUCUUCAACGUCGAGGAUCCGCAGCAGGCAUUCAGCGAGGCGGCAGACCUGUUUGCGAGCUGGGCGCCGUUUGUCAAGCGCGACACGCGCGGCUACCGCAUCAUGAUGGGCCUCGCCCUCAAUGCCAACAAGAAGAUCGCUGCGUUCAAGUACCUCAAUGAGAUGAAGAAGAACGGCGUGGCACCCAACGCCUUCGUCUACCGCGGCCUCUUUCGCGGCCUGGCCCACGCGCAGAUCAACCCGGGCCAGGACCGCACCGUCGUCAAGCAGGCCAAGACGGCCUUUGAUGCCUUUACCGAGCUCUGGCUCGUGUCGCAGAGCGCUGUGCGCCGGCCUAGUGGCUCGGCCCGCUCUUCUUCUUCUCACCUCGACGACGACGCGGCAAGAGUGGGAGAGGAGGAGCAGGAGCAGGAAAGCAGCAGCACGGCCGAGUCGUUUGAAAAGACGCUCGAGAUUGCACGCCAGGAGCUCGUCGAGCAGCCCGUCGUCGCCGUCGAGACGCUGCGGUACUAUAUGCGCUUCUGUCUCCGGGCGGGCCUCUACGACGAGGCCGAUGCGCUCCUCGCCGACGCCCACAAUCUCUCCAUUCCACGGCGGUCCCCUGCGGGCGUGGCAGUAAACCAAGCGCAGAGAAAGGCCGUGGCCGUGCCCCUCGUCGCCCUCGCUCUGGCAGCCCACUACCUCUCCCAGGCUGCGUGGCGUGACGGGAGCAGCACGGACCUGGGUGGUGUUGAGCCGCCGAGCCGUGCAGAGAGCCUGGCCCACUUUGAGCGCCACGUUGGCCUCGACCGCUUCCUCGACCUCGCCCGCGCCGCCCUCGAAGCGCAGCAGGUCGACGAGGGGAGCGACAAGGAAGCACCGUCUACGAGCAGAGGCAUCAGCAGCAGCAGUGAGACGACCGAGUGUGCAAGGGAUAGAUCCAAGCUGCGAGACCAGACAUCGGCGGUGCACCAGGCGCUGCGCGAGGCAGAAAGGGCCCUCGCACAGCUGGUCAGGCACGGCGACGGCAGCGAGGCAGACGAGGAGGCGCGGUACAGAGACGCACUCAAGCAGCUCGCCAAGCUGCCUGGCCGUGCCAGGGAAGACGGUGCAAGCGACCGCUGGAUUCAGUGACGAGACAGAGAGCGAGCAGCUGGCAGCAACGAAACAGUGAAGAGAGUCGGCAGCCGGCAGCAGGGAAGGAUGGCCAUGUGUUUGGUGUGUGUACAGUACAGUGUGUAGCUCUUCAACAACAACAAGUCAGAC